UAACACUCUUCAGUCGUAUUUCGAUCGCGAAAAGUGGAUGUUUGCUAACUGAAUCCGGUCUAUCGUCAUUGUUUGAGUCUAGCAUGGUGUGUAUUUGUAAAUUUUGGACUACUGUUGUCGUCGUUGCUCUGUCUUCCAAGUGAUAAGGAGCCGCCAAUGAUGUUUUCGGUGAAGUGCUACUGAAUGGAAGAUCGCGUUUGCGAGUGAUCGUGGGUGCGCAAUCUUGGUUGUAAGUGGCUCUUUUAGCUGGUGCUGUAUUGUGCAACGAAGAAGCGAGUGACUUCAUGAUAUAAUUUUGUUUUGUAUUGUCUCAUGGGUUUCAUUGCGAAUAGAAAGUGGGUACAAGAACAUCGGAAAGUUGAAUAAAACCGAACGUUGAUAACAAGUGAUUGGUGCGGGUGCUGUUCCGGCUGGUAGCAGAAGAAUCCAUAUGAUAUCUAUGGUGUGUGAUGUGCAUCUGAUAGUAUCUGUCACGUUGUUCUGCAAGCAGUGAUUGCUGAUGCUAGUUGAGUAUUUUUGGUGGCGUUUCGAAAGUCAACGCUGGCAGCAGUGAGACAUUUCACCAAUUACGAUUCAAUUGUGAAGCCGCGAGCAUUGUGUAUGUAAUAAAAGUUUUUGCAACACUCCUCAGAGUCAAACAUCAGACGUGUUGAUCGUACUAAUUUGGUUAUUGUUUUUGUGUGCACAUACAGAGUUGGAGUAACCAAAACCGAGUGGACAACUUUAGGCUGGGCCCAGUUGUGAGUAUUGGGAAUACAGAAGUGAGAGAUUAAGCCGGAGGCACUUCCAUGACAAAUACAAAUUUUGAAGCAAAUUGAAUUUGGUGUUCGGUUUGUGACCUAUAUUGUGUGACGACAGACGAAACAGCAGUGUUUUAAAAUAAGAAAAAAGAAGCGACACGCCUAAAAGGAGCAAAACGAGAAAAAAUCAUACCCGGAGAGGAAGAAAACAAAAAUAUAUUUUAAAAUUCAAAAAGUGGUCAUUCGUGCCCAAGGAAUAACAAUAACCAGCAAGAGCAGCAAAGAGCGACCGCCGAGACGCACAGGAGGAGGAAAGCGUUGGAUCUUAGGGGCCAGUCAAAGCGGCAGGCAAAAAAGGAAGUGCCGUGUACCCCACCUUCUACGGGUCGAGAACUGCUAUAUCAUCCUUAAGUCAUCUUCUAGGGGCUAUCUGCCGUGCAGUUGUGCACCAACGGUUCUGUAGAUCGGAUCGAAGUUGCUCGACACGCACGCGGUUCUACGCAAGUCAUCCGGUUCAUACACGUGCCAAAAUCCGCAGAAAGAAGGAGUGCAACACCUAAAGGGCAACUCCGGAUAUCGCCCAGAAAUCUUUGGCGGAUCACGCUUGAGAGAUUACAUUGUGCUGGUCACUUUCAAUUUCAUUCGUUGACGAAAGGUUACCUCCCAGAUCGUGACAGUGAAAGAGAAAGAAAUUGAUCGUGGGACUUGUGGCGGUGUGUUUUCAUGUGUCAAACCUGCCAGAAGAGUUAUCCAAAGUGAAAGAGAGAGUGAAAUCAAUUUAAUGAGUGAAGCCACAGUGAAAGAAAGCAAAAGUGUCUAACCUUGAAAAUGAUAUCUCGUGACCUGACAGUGUCUGUACGGAAUAGGAUACAGCACUGUUGAAGAGGGAAGAAAGGGCAAGUCCAGUAAGGAAAAGGGAAGCUAAGAAAAGACACCCAACAGAGUGAGAGGUUGCGAAAGAGAAACGCGCGAAAAUUGCGACACGAAGAAAAGUGACAAGAUCGUUAAGCAAUCCAUGUGAAGGCAUUCAAUUAUUGUGGCAAGAAGAAAUAAAAAUUUGCCCACCAGAGCGUACUGGUACUUCCUUCUUUUCUGAUCGGCUAACUGCUACUGCCGUGCGAAACCUGUGCUUGUGACAGGAAGAUUGAUAAAUACCAUGUGAUUAGUGCGGGAUAAAUUUACAUUCAUUUGUACGCAUCCAGGAAACGAUUCACUUCGGACAUACACACAGCGGGGAACGGAACACGCAACACGGUGGGACCAAAGGCUUCCCCAUUCCGGGUUGAGCUGGCAACAGGAAGUGAUUAUUGAUCACCAUCGAUAUUUAAAAUGCUCUGAAACAAAAAGAUAGUCAUUGACUGAUUUGAUCGUGGCAGUAAACCUUAACGAUUGCCUGCUGAAAAUGCAGUGAGUCCUCAUCGUACCGGAACAAUGAAAAAGAGAGCUAAAUUAACAAUGUCCUCACUGGCGCUUACUCUGCUGUGUUGCUGUACCUGUAUGUUGGCACUGGCGAAUGGUCUGCCAAUAACAUCGAAACCCCUGGAUAACAGUCCGGACCAUUUGACGUGGGAUGUUGGUAUAGGAGGCAAAGCAAAGAAAAAAUCCGACCGAUCGAUCUUCAUCGCACCGCAAAUAACUGGAUUCAACAACUCGUUGUGUCCUCCCAACAGCAAGCUGGACUAUGAUGGGAAGUGCAUUCAGAUAGUUCACAUCAAUCCAGCAGAUAUUUUGGUAACCAAACUGCAAAGCAUCCUAGGAAGUAAUGCUUCUCCCAAUACUGACAUGGACACGGAUUACGACUACUAUGAUUCGGCAGGUCCAUUCCAGGUUAAUCUGCCACUAAGCAUUGAUUUGCCUGUUGAACAGUUCAAUCAGCAACUUAUUCCAGAAGAAUCCUUCUACGAUAGCACAGUGGUAGACAUAUCUUCGAACACUCGUGCGGACAGUUUGAAACAGGCUUCUACCGUAAAAGACGAACAACAGUCGACAUUUCUCACCGAAUCCAGCAGACAGCCUAUGGACCAAACAGCAGCCGAGAGUCAUACCGAUAUUUCGUUUCUUUCCUUCGAAAGUUUACCAAAUGGAUCGCUUUCGACAAGGCUCGAGCUGGAUAGCAACAAAGGCACCGUUGUUCAAAAGAUUGUACUCUCUUCUACACCUGCUACUCCUACUACCACAACAGUCGAUACUAUUGAUGCAGAAUCUGUUGAACUAUCUCGCACAAGCACUGUGGCAAGUGAUGUUGCUGAUGCUACCACUACGGGUAGCAGUACUGCUGUAGAAGAACUGAGCACUUCAACUGUGGACGGCUCCUCAGCUCCUUCAACAACCACCUCCAUAAGCACAACCGAAGAGUAUCUAGCAAGCGAAAGCUCUGUCGCUACAACUACUCAAAUGAAAAUCAAUGAAACAUCAGAUGAAGACAUAGAUAAUUUGAAAGCAGAGCUAGCCGAUGAAUCUUUCAUUUUGGAGCCUACCGGUUCGACAACUACCGAUUUUCCAUCGACUGAUAUGUCUGACUUUGAGGUAGAUGUUGCGAUGCUAAGUGCUGGAUCCACAAUUCCUGCGGACAGAACAACGACAGUUGGGAUUUCAGAAGCCCCAACAUCAGCCGAGACUACAACUGCAAGGAUGUCUAUCCACACAAUACCACCCACUUACACAAGAAAAACAUGGUCAUCUCCCAAGCCUGUCCAAAUUGUGACCCCGUUGAAGACCAAGUGGUAUAGUCCACCAGGAGCAACUCCACCUCCAUUCAUCGUUGCCAGCUAUACUCAACAGGAACGCACAACCAGAGCAUCGCCGGAAACUACAACCGUUCCUCAACGUCGCAAUACCGAGGCUCCCCUUCUGGUCAUAAACGACACCGAAGAUGAUAAGAAAAACCGUGACAACAUCCAUCGUCAGGAAAUGAAAGAUACGCUCCGUGAAUCCAUGGACACCAACAACCGCUUCGUCUAUCAUCACUUACCAGCUUCUCACGUGGCUGUAUCAACUCCUCCUUCUGCCACAACCGCCCAGAGCCACAACUACGUGGAUCAACUGAAGAUAAUCAACGAAAUAGUCGCCGAAAAUAAGCAACGACACGAGCAGACAGCAAGCAGUAAUUCGCGGAUUCGUUUCCCAACUCGAGACGACGAUCAGCUGCCAGCUGCCUCCAGCAGUGGUGGCAUGAUUCGUUUCCCAGGAUCAGUUUCGAAUCGUGUCACUCAGCAUGCCAAUCGGAUCCCCGAUAUUUUCCCAAAGAAAACACCAGACAGUACAACUCAGCGACCACCCUUCUGGUGGCUUCCCUCUGGCUGGGAGGUAGACCAGACCGGUCAAAAGCCGAUGUUGUUACGGUUUUGGUCACGGAUGCCUCUCGUUCGAGAUCAGUCCUUGACUACUACAAGCACCAACAGUAACUCCAAUCGAUGGCGACCCUCACCAUCCGCAUCCGGCAGCACAUCUCCUUCGUCGGUAUCGCCCAGGGGUAACUCCAGAAGUCCCAGCGAAAACUUCUACAAAGAAGUUUCCUCACAGGACGUCUACAAGGUGCUCAAUGCUCGUCAGCUAAAGCACAAAAGAUAAAGUCACCAGCAGUAGUCUCGGUCUCUCUCAGCUUUAAGUAUUAUUUAAUUGAAACAAAAUUGUGUAUAGACGAAACAAAACUAGAGGUACAACGAUUAAUGAAUCAAGCAACCCCACCAUACCCCCUAAGAAAACACGCACACAUACAGGCACACCAAGGAAAUGUGAGGAGUACUAGAUUUGCUAUUUCAAAAAAAAAGUAUUUUAUGUUCAUUUCAUGACAAAUUGCGUUGCAACUGUGAUAUUUUUACCCCCUUUUUGUAAUCUUUCGGAAGGAGUAUUUUUAGCUCUUAAAAAUAGCUUCUUUUAGCAAACAAAAAAUCAGAAACGCCAUUCACGCACUACUAUUCGUUGAUUUUGUUUUAUCAAGUAACUGAUAAAAUUUUAAAAUCGCAUGCUUCCCUUGGUGAAUCCUCACAUUUCAGCAUCGCAAAUCCAUUCAGUUAGGAGGCACAGUUUAGUCCUGUUUAUUGUAAUUAUAACGUUUCCCUAUAUUGUACAUAUCCACUGUCUAUUUCUUCCAUUUUUAAUGUGUUGUAAAGUCUCGCCAAUUAAAAUUUUAAUAAACAAAAACCUGUUAUCAAAAAUGUCUAAAAUAAUUAUAUAACACAACAUCUGCUACCCAUUGGUGUCUAUUUGAAACAAAUCAAAAGUUAUUUUAACGUGAAGGAAAAAUACAUAUAUGUAUGUGCCAAAAAAAAGAGUAUGGAAUCGAUGUUUUUACGAAGCGCAAGUAGAAAUCCUCACCGUUAUUUAUAAGAUUGCGUGUUUUGCAUGUUUUUAUCAUAUAAAAAUAGUGCAAAAGCUAUCCAAAAACAACUUUUCAUAAUACCUUCUACUUGACGAACGAAAAGAACGCUACCUGUAAAAAUAUACUUAAGGAAUGCGAAUCUCACGCGAAAGGAUUCAACGAGCAUUAGUAUUCACAAGGAAUAUCAAUGUUUUAAGUGUGUGUUUGUGUGUAUGUAUAUUGUAAAUCAGCGAAAGAAAUCAAAUAUUUAAUUCAACUUGGAUAGUUAUUAGAAAGUAGUCCCCGCUGAAGCACAAAUGUUCACCGAACACCGCCAAGAAGAAAAGCCGCAGAAGAAGCAACUAGCAGCACUUGUUCAUGGUGGUGCCGAAGUGGACUCAAACACACAAAAUGAUUGCAAUAUUGCCAAAAGUUUUACUCUGUAUUAUAAAAUAAUUAACCGAAAACUGAUAUGUACACUCAUGUGACUAAGCAAGUAGACAAAACUACUCCCCGCAGCAUGUGCGCUUUGAUACAAUUCUGGCCACGCAUUGGAACGAAUGUCGAACAAAGAUUGAGUACAGAAAAUAAACUAACGAUCGGUAGCUGCCAGUUUCUACGUUGAUCGGAAAACUAUUUGAUGAAUAAAAUUA